GCAAAUUGAGGAUCAUCGAUCAGGUCCAAGGUUAAGUCACUGAAGUGAAGGGCAAGGCAGAUACGAAUUGAAUUAUAAUGAUGAACGCGAUCACGUGCAGAAAGUUGGGAAAUAUUGCGCGACGCGUUCCUGCUUCUUUUCGUUCUUUCACAAUUACCACCAUCAUGGCUGCCACUUCCGCAGUUGAUGAUGUCUUCCAAGAAAACUCUCCUCUCAUUGUUGACUGUGAUGUUCUAGAAGCGGCAAAGGAAAAUAUCCAACCCAUCGCUAAGGGUCGUCGAGUAACCGCUCUUUCAGCUAUUCUUUCAACUCCACACGCUCAACGCGAAACUCGCCUUGCUGCCACUCGCAAUCGACUGAGAAUCAAUGUCGAAGUCUCCCUGGAAGAUGAAGAUGACGAUCCAUUGGAAGCUUACUGUCGCUUUGUUGAUUGGACGGUGGAGAAUUAUCCACAGGGUCACAGUGCCGAGUCUGGUCUGCUCGAGUUGCUCGAAGAAGCCACUCGUGUACUUAGGAAUGACAGAGAUGGGAAAUGGAAGGACGAUAUGAGGUAUCUCAAGUUGUGGGUCCUCUAUGCGAGUUAUGUCGAAAAGCCGGCGAUCAUAUACAAGUUUUGUGUCGUGAAUGAAAUUGGUACCUCCCAUGCGUUGCUAUACGAAGAGUUUGCCGUUGCUCUGGAGAGGGCAGGAAGGAAAGCCGAGGCCGACGAGACAUACCUCCUCGGCGUCGCUCGGCGUGCUGCCCCUGUCGAACGGCUUGAAGCAAAGCAUCGUGAAUUCCAAAAGCGUAUGCUAACUUCGACCUCACUUCCUGUUGACACUCCGCCAGAAGUCCCCGCAUCGACUUCAUCAGGCUCGAGGUCACGUCGCACCGUUCUCGGCGAAACAUCGUCUUCUCGCACUCGCGCUUCUUCCUCACGCACCGAGGUUCCUACUCAUGCACCUGUUCCAAUUGAAGAUGAUAUCCCUCCCAGACCCAAUGCUCGCAUGCAAGUGUUUGUGGACCCUUCGGGCUCAGCAGAUCAAAAUUCGUCUCCAGCACCUUGGCCUGAACUCGGUACUCGGAAGACACGAAUCAAGGAGAACGUAAGAGAAGUGAGCAAAGCGGCUGGGAGUACAUUGAAACAAGCGGGACGGACUACCAGGAUGGCGUCAGCGGGCAGUGGCUCGAAGAUACCGAUCUUCAGAGAUCCUGAUGGUUCGGCGGCAGUGGAUGAUAUGCCGCCACCUCCUGCUCCUUCUUCCUCGUCAAAGAGCAAGCCGUCAGCUUCGUCAGGAAAGCUUGCGGUCUUCCGUGAUGAGGAACCUGUGCCUUCGACUUCAAUGGAGAGUAAAUCGGACGCCCCGACCAAGCUGUCUAUAUUCCGGGAUGAGAAACCUGUGCGGACCAUUGUCACGAGGAGUAAGUCAGCGAAGCUUCCCGUGUUCAACGACUCGGAUGCUGCACCUUCCACCUCGUCGAAGCGCAACACGUCUGCUACAAGCAAACUUACUGUAUUCCGUGAGGAUGAUCUUGCACCUGUGUCGUCCACGUCGAAGAAGGACAAAGCAACCGCCCCUGCGAGGCUGACUAUCUUCCGUGAUGGCGGGCCUGGCGCUGACGACGAGCCUGUACCUGCGACGCCCAAGUUCACGCCAUAUAGAGACGAAGGGGCUCCCCCGACACCUUCUUCACACUUGGCUGUACCUGAAUCAGUGAUGAAAGAAAAGCCAGCUCCUUCAGGUACACGAGGGGUCAAGAUGUCUUCAGAAGCCGAGGCCUUGAGAAAGGACCCAUUGAAGAACUAUGACGAAGAAGAUAGGCUUGUUGCUCUGGAUUGAAAUGUAUGCAGUCUGCGCUCUCUUCCGUUGAUUUUAGUACCUCCUGUUUUGACCCUUGACGAUAUCUAAUGAUGCUGGGUUGUAUUUCUUUACGCUGACGAUUUCUGCUACUUGCGUUUACCCUAUGUCACCUUAGGAGUCAGUCCGACUUGUGCGAUAUAUGCUAUGAAGGUGUUUUUGCUGUCAAUGCUGUUCGCCGCGUCUCGGGGUUCGGCUUCAGGUGGUACAAGUACCUGAUGGUCGCUCCAACGUUUGUUAUGUCCCUUCGUCCAUUA